UUUCCCUCACGUUGCUACAAUUCUAAACAGGUGGUAAUUUGUCUUAUACGCUGGUCGGCUGAAAGCUACAGCAAUUUUGAACUGAAACAAGUGGGGAGGUGGAGGCAGCAAAUCAAUCACUUUCAGAAGUGGGCGAAGUGGAGAAGACCGAAGGAAAUCUGGAAAAGAUGUCUGGUGGGAUUUUCUCCCCCUUGGAGAACCUCUGCGACCUGGACAACGCCAACUGCCACCCACUGGUGUGCUUCCUCUGCCAUGAGCAGUACGAACACCCCUGCCUCCUCGACUGCUACCACAACUUCUGCGCCAGCUGCUUGCGGGGCCGCGCCAUCGAGAGCCGCCUGACGUGUCCUCUUUGUGGCCACCAGUCCAUUGUCAAGGGGAAUGGGCUCCCUCCAGAAGACCGGCUCCUGAAGUUCCUGGUGGACAGCUCUGGGGACUGUGAGGAAGAAGUCCAGUGUGCAAAUUGUGACCUGCAGAGUACAAAGCAGGACUUGGACGCCAUGUAUUUUUGCAAUACCUGCCAUCAGCCUCUCUGCUCCAAGUGCCGUGAGGAAACCCACAAAGCCAGAAUGUUCUCCCGCCAUGAGAUCGUCUCACUGACCAAGCGUAUCAAAGACAUCCACAAGAAAUGUUCACUUCACGAGGAACUCUACAUCAUGUUCUCAACAGAGAAAAAGUCCAUGCUCUGCAUCAACUGCUUUCGGGACAUGCCCGUGGAGAGUCGAGCGCAUUGCAUCGAUAUUGAGACUGCUUAUAUGCAGGGCUGUGAGAAGCUAGACCAGGCCGUGAUGGCUGUGAAAGAGCUCCAGACAUCCACCAGGGAGGCGAUAGUGCUCCUCAAAGCCAUGAUCGAGGAGGUCCGCAACAGUGCGGACGAGGAGGAGACAUCUAUAAACUCGCUCUUCAGCAGCAUGCAGGAGAAAUUGGCAGAGCGGAAGAAGAUGCUUUUGAAAGUCGUUCAGAGCCAGUAUGAAGAAAAGGAAAAAGCCUUCAAGGAACAGCUGGCACACCUGGCAUCUUUGCUGCCCACCCUACAGGUCCACCUGGUGACGUGCUCUGCUUUCCUCAGCUCUGCAAACAAGGCUGAAUUCCUUGAUUUGGGAUAUCAACUGAUGGAGAGGCUGCAAAAAAUCGUCAAGCUGCCCCAUCGACUGAGGCCCUCCCAGACGAGCAAGAUCAACACGGAAUACAGAGCUGAGUUUGCCCACUGCCUGGAGCCCUUGCUGCUUCUAGCGCCCCGUCGCUCCGUGGUGGUGAAUGGAGCAGGCAUCGGACCUGGGAUGAGCAACAGUAACAUGAUGUCCGGAGGUCCCUGCUCCAAGACCCUCCUCGUGUCUGGCUGCCCCUCUACCUGUGAAAAGAUGUCCCUGGCAGGCUCCCUGGUCCGGAAGCCCACCAUGCACCGGUACAUAAGCACCAAGGUGCUCCUGGCUGAAAGUGGAGAGACACCCUUCACUGAGCAUUGCCGUAACUACGAGGACAUGUAUCGGGCCCUUCAAACAGAGAUUCAGAACUUGAAGGAUCAAGUGCAGGAGCUGCACCGUGACCUCACCAAGCACCAUUCCCUCAUCAAGACGGAGAUCAUGAGCGAGAUCCUGCAGAAGUCGCUGCAGAUGGACGUGCAGAUUGCUUCAGAGUAUUCCUCUGUGGAGAUGAUGCGGAGCGUGUUUGAAGAGACCUGGGAAGAAACCUAUCAGCGAGUGGCAAAUGAGCAAGAGAUUUAUGAAGCACAGCUCCAUGAUCUGCUGCAGCUCAAGCAGGAGAACAGCUACCUGACAACCAUCACCAAGCAGAUCGCCCCCUAUGUCCGCUCCAUCGCCAAAGUAAAGGAGCGGCUAGAGCCCAGGUUACAGGACACAAAGGAGGAGAGGAAUGGCCAGCCAGAGAGCUUGCUGAAAAUAUACGAUGAGAGCCCAGAGGCUGCUGACGUCCAGCACAGGCCUGAUUUGUGCAGCAGCCUUGAGGAACAAGGAGCCUCGGAGCCCAAAGCAGAAAGCCAGAUUCUCAGCCCAGCCGCAGAGGACCCCAUGCUGAAAACGAAAGAAUAUUACAGGAGCAAGCAGAAAGGCCAACCUGAGAGUCCCCCGCAGCCACCGGGACCUCGCAAGACAGCCAAGGAGGCGGAUCAGGAAACAGAGCUUCUCCUGUGCUGAACUGCACUCGCAGUCUUUCUGAACAAAAAUGUUCAUGUACGGCAUAGCAGCCUCUUUUCAGUGUGGUGUGUGCUCAGAAAACCAUAUAUAUUCUGCGCUAAGAUAAUCCUGAUUCUGCAAUGCCUAAACCAUGCAAAACUGCGGGAUUGAUUUUGUGUUAUUCUGCAGGGCUUCUUUGUUGUUGGCACUUCCAGAGCCCAGCAAGGUGUGGGCUAGUUAAGAAACAAUGGAGGGUGCAGCAGUGGGAAUCUUAAUUCCUCCAGCUUCUACCAAGUAUCGCCUGCGUUCUUUCAGCCGUGCCUCCCACAUCAAGGUCUAGACAGGCACUGGCUUCUCAAACAGCCAAACCGAGAGAAAGUCUGGGCUUCUCUGAGAAAAGCAAAAUCCUCCUAGACUCCCAAGUGUGUGGAUUUUCUGCACCUGCCUGGAACCAUGCAACUGAGAGGCAUAAAAUGUUGUUGUGCAAAACCAGCAUCUCCUAUUAUUCAGCUACACCCUUAAAAGCCAGUUCUCCAGAUACAGCCGUAUCCACUAGCACACUAGAGGUUGGGGCACCCUCGGAUACUGAGAAAAACAUUCAUUCAGCAAUUCUUCUGUAUGGCUUAAAGUACCUGUGUGCAGAAGAGGCUUGCCCACUGUCUCUCUGUGCAUGAUCCCCCAUUUUGGCCUUGCUUAUUUCCAGUGAGCCUCUCCUGGGGCCUAGCAAUCUUGCCAUGUCUCCUGAGCAGAUGUGGUGACUGCCUGCUGUUGCUGAACUAUGGCUCCCAUCAUCCCAAGGAAACAUGGCCCUUGGCCAGGGUGCAUGGAGUAGUAGUUCAGAAACCUCUAGAGAGCCCCCAGCUGUUCUGGGACAAUGUGGUUAAAUGAUCCAAUCCCUCCAGAGAGAGCAGAAUUACUUUCAGAGGAGCUCAUCUAUUGCACCUCUGCAGCAGUCACUGAUGUGGGCUGGCCUCCUUCCAAGAAGGUAACUCGCUCUCUGAAACAGGGACCUCCAAAUGCUGCUGGACUCUCCACUCACAUAGUCAUCCCCGAUGUGUGUCCAAGUUUAAUCCGGGGGUGGAGGACAUUCCUCUCAUUGCAAGGCCAGGAAACACUCGCUUCGAUGCAAAUAUUUUCCUUGCCUUUAACGCUUAUGGAUUUUAUUAAGCAAUCUUCACAAAAUGCAUCCCAUAUGCUCAGUAUGAUAAUUAAGGAUGUGCAUUUGUACUGUUGGAAUUGGGGUGCGUGUGGAAAAAACUUACCUGUUUUCUGUUUAAAGACAGAUGGUCCUGAUGUAGUGCCUAAUGGCAUGAUGGCUAGGGAUGAUGGGAAUUGGGAGUCCAACAUCUGGAGGGUUGCAGGUUCCCAAUACCUGCCAAAAUGGUUUUAAAAUAAGAGGGCCCCUUCCUUGCCCACCAGGAAUUACAAUACAGGGUUAUUCCCAGUCAUGCAUUAUGAGGGGGAGACUAGAGUGCAAAUCCCCGCUUGGCAACCUUGGGCCAGUCAUCAGCUCUCACCUACCCUACCUCACAGGGUUGUUGUGAGGCUCAUAUUAAGGGCUACAUACACUACCUUGAGCUUACUGGUGGAAAGGUGGGGUUGUCAAUGCAAUAAAUAAUUAUGAUCUAAGAAAGGGGCGCUGUCAACAUCUGCCAAAGAAUAGAGACUUAAAAAUAUUUUAUUAUUAUUCUUUUAAAAAUACAAGAGAAUGGAACUGAUCCUCUGUUUGGCUGGUUGCCAGCCGACUGCUCCAAAGGGACUGGAAAGUAAACAAAUGCCUCUCAGCUUCCGAGGUAACAAAGCAAAGAACAGCAUGAUUAAUUUUCAGAGGGAAUCUCAGGAUAUUAUCCUGGCAACACAAACUGGCUAGUUACCAGGGCAGCCGGGGGCGGAAGGGGGGGGGGAGACAGACCUGUGUGUAUACCAUGAUUUCUAUAAAAAUGAUGCUAGGAUUAUACAUCCAAAAAUUCAUUCUAAUAAAAGCUGUAUUCCACAAUCCAUACAAAUUACACUGAUUUGAUUAAAUGUGCAUACUUU